CCCUCGGGCAAUAGAAGAAAGUGUGAAUGACUAACUAAUACUACCAAUUCUCCUCUCUCUCUUCCUGUUCUUCUUCCUUCUUCUCUCCUUUUCCUUAUAUAUCAUCAUCCCCCCCCCAAAUCUUUUGAUCUUCUUAACUUCAUCAUCACGCCAGACCCGUCGAGCAAUCACUCUCAUCUAACCAACUGCAAAACAAUCACAAUGGGUGUCCUUGAGAAGCUUUCCCGCAAGACUGGUGUCAUCGUCGGUGACGACGUCCUCCGUCUCUUCGAGUACGCUCAGGAGAAGGGCUUCGCUAUCCCCGCCAUUAACGUCACCUCCUCCUCUACCGUCGUCGCUUCUCUCGAGGCUGCUCGUGACCAGAACUGCCCCGUCGUCCUUCAGCUCUCCCAGGGUGGUGCUGCCUACUUCGCUGGCAAGGGCGUUAGCAACGACGGCCAGAAGGCCUCCAUUGCCGGUGGUAUUGCUGCCGCUCACUACAUCCGUAGCAUUGCUCCCGCCUACGGCAUCCCCGUUAUCCUUCACACUGACCAUUGCGCCAAGAAGCUCCUCCCUUGGCUUGACGGUCUUCUGGAUGAGGAUGAGCGCUACUUCAAGCUCCACGGCGAACCCCUUUUCUCCAGCCACAUGAUCGAUCUCUCCGAGGAGCCCGUCGACUACAACAUCCAGACCACCGCCGCCUACCUUAAGCGUGCUGCCCCCAUGAAGCAGUGGCUCGAGAUGGAAAUCGGUAUCACCGGUGGUGAGGAGGACGGUGUCAACAACGAGGACGUUGACAACAAUUCCCUGUAUACCCAGCCCGAGGAUAUCCUGGCUAUCCACAACGCUCUCUCUCCCAUCAGCCCUUACUUCUCCAUUGCCGCUGGCUUCGGUAAUGUCCACGGUGUCUACAAGCCCGGCAACGUCAAGCUCCACCCCGAGCUUCUCCAGAAGCAUCAGGCUUACGUCAAGGAGAAGACCGGCUCCGCCAAGGACAAGCCCGUCUUCUUCGUUUUCCACGGUGGUUCUGGUUCCUCCAAGGCUGAGUACAAGGAGGCUAUCAGCUACGGUGUUGUCAAGGUCAACGUCGACACUGACAUGCAGUACGCCUACCUCUCCGGUGUCCGUGAUUACAUCCUGAACAAGAAGGACUACCUCCUGUCCGCUGUCGGCAACCCCGACGGUGAGGACAAGCCCAACAAGAAGUACUUCGACCCCCGCGUGUGGGUGCGUGAGGGUGAGAAGUCCAUGAGCAAGCGUGUCCAGGAAGCCCUGGAGGACUUCAGCACUGCUGGCCAGCUGUAAACGUCUUUUUGAUACGAUGUCUCUGCCGAUACGAUGAAUCAGAUACCAGUACAUAAAUUGAUCAGUCCAAGAACGGAGAAGAACGAAGACAUAUUUUUUGACAUUAAAAGUGGAACCCAUUUAUUUUUUAUUUAUCGAUUUGGGAGAAUGGAUCAUGCACGGCUGGGUGGCUGGAGUUGAGUGAUUGGUCAAUUGAGAUGUAUGUAGAAGUAGUAGGAUGAGGAUGAAUCCACUAAUUAACUUAUAUACCUGUACAAAUAUCGUGCUGUGGUUGUGACUGUUGCCGCCGGUCCCUCUUGAGUAUUUCCCGUUCUUGACUUUGAUUUAUUGAAGACUUCGGGGGGGUGCGUAGGAUGUUCCACUGUGGCUCUGUGGCUUUUGACAGCUGUAGCAGGUUUCCAUCUUCAGCCCUACCAAUCACUAAACUCGGUCGUUGCUGUCUUGGCAUCCGGUGAUCGCGCAUACGAG